UGCAGGUGUGGGCGGGGUUAAAGCCCACCCCAAAACCCGUCGUUCAGAGAGUCUUCCGGCGCUAAACAGGUGAAUCGUCUGCUUCUCAUCACUCGUCUCGUCGUUUGUUUUAUUAACGCUGUUUUGUGAGCGUUGGAUUUUACCUUUCAUCAGUAUAUAAACGAUGGCAGCAUCUCAACUUCUGGACGAACAAGAUGACAUAGACAGCGGCGACUUCCAUGUGAUGGUGAUGGUAGAGGAUAGGACAUGCCCCCAGAUCGGACGGACACACCCCUCUCCGGACACGCCCAGUAGCGGUCAGGUUGCCGACAAGCCAAAUGACAGCAAGCCAAAGCGUUUGGCACGGGGUUUCCGAAAAGCCUUGCGGAAAAACCAGGAUUACAUUCGCAUCCCUAUCCCAAAGUCCAGCGCUCGGCUGCCGUCGGAAUGGUGGAAGACGGGAAUCGCCUUCAUCUGGGCCGGUUUUAACCUCAUCCUUACGACCGUCAUGAUCACUAUCAUCCAUGAGAGAGUCCCGGAUAAGUCCGUCAGCCCACCGUUACCGGACAAGUUCUUUGAUUACGUGCCGCGUAUGGAGUGGGCGUUUUCCGUCACCGAGGUCAACGGAAUGAUCCUGGUGGCUCUGUGGUUCAUCCAAUGGCUCUUCCUCAAGCACAGAGCCAUCGUGGGCCGAAGGUUUUUCUUCCUGCAGGGAAUGUUGUAUUUGUACCGUAUGGUCACCAUGUACAUCACAACUCUUCCGGUUCCCAGCAUGCACAUGGACUGUGCCCCGAAGCUCUACGGUGAUUCUCACGGCAAGAUCAAGCGAGUUUUGCAGCUGGUUUCUGGAGGAGGUUUGUCCAUCACAGGCUCCCAUCUCAUGUGUGGAGACUUUCUGUACAGUGGCCACACGGUCAUGCUCACCCUCACCUUCCUCUUCAUUCAGGAAUACUCGCCCCCCUCGCUGUUUUGGCGUUGUUAUCUCGUGAUCUGCUGGUUGCUAAGUGCAGUCGGCGUGGUCUGUAUCCUGAUAGCGCAUGAGCAUUACAGCGUGGAUGUAGUGGUGGCGUAUUUCAUCACCUCACGCCUCUUCUACUGGUACCACACCAUGGCCAACAACCAGGCAUUAAGAGGAUCUCCUCACAACUAUCUGAACCGAACGUGGUGGAACCUUGUGUUUAACUUCCUGGAGAAGAACGUUAAGACAACGGUUCCCUGCACGUUCUCAUGGCCCGUGUCGCUUCCAUCCGCGUGCUUCAAGAACCCGUGCAAGAGCUACUCAAAAGUGCAGAGCACUCGAGAUGAAUGACGUUUGUUGGGUAACAAAGUCACUGUGACGGUAGAAAUGUAAAUGUGAGUGUGCACCACAAAACGCUAUCUGUUCAAAUUUAGGUCCUGUUUACUUGAAGUGCCGCACCUCGGACCUGUCAGAGCUUUUACAUGCUUUUGAUGGAAGAAAAUGUGUGGUUCCUGGUGGUUAGUCAAAGUUUAUAUCAGUAUCAACAUGCGCCAUUCUGCAGCAGGGAUAAGACCAUUCAGUGUAUGUUCCUGGUAGUAUUUUGUUACAUCCUACUCAGACAUAAUCAAGACGUUUAUAUUCUCAAUGAAGGAUUGAAAAGUAGUUGUAUAGUUUUUAAUUUAUGUUCAUUGCCUUGUGAAAGAAACGUUUUAUUUGUUUUAUGAAGGUUGCAAAAUAAAUACUAUUUUCUUAA